GCUAUCCCAGCCCAUCAACGAUGAAAACAUGGAGUGCAACACGCUGAAGAUCACCGACUUUGGCCUUGCCAGGGAGUGGCACAAGACCACCAAAAUGAGCACAGCGGGCACCUAUGCCUGGAUGGCGCCUGAGGUGAUCAAGACCUCCACUUUCUCCAAGGGCAGUGACGUAUGGAGUUACGGUGUGCUGCUGUGGGAGCUGUUAACCGGAGAGGUCCCUUACAGGGGGAUCGAUGGCUUGGCUGUGGCCUACGGAGUUGCGGUCAAUAAACUGACACUCCCGAUUCCGUCGACCUGCCCAGAACCUUUUGCUCAGCUGAUGGCAGGUGAGUAGCAAACUGUACCCUCCCCACACCUCCUCUACCAUGUGACAUCAUGGUCUUUGGAUUGGGGCCUACUCCUCACUCAUGCCUGGGAGCAACAUACAGGCCGAACACCGGCAGCAGCACCGAGAGACGCUUGGGCAGGUCAGUGCCAGUGAGAGUCGGGCA